AUGAAGUCCACUCGGUGGAAAUCAAUCUGGAUGUGCUUUACAGCUGUAGGAUUUGGAAUGGAUCCUGACUUACAAAUUGAUAUCAUCACAGAACUCGAUCUUGUGAAUACAACCCUUGGGGUAACACAAGUGUCGGGACUACACAAUGCCAGCAAAGCAUUUUUGUUCCAAGAUAUAGAAAGAGAAAUCCACGCAGCUCCCCAUGUGAGCGAGAAGUUAAUUCAGCUCUUCCGGAAUAAAAGUGAGUUCACGUUUCUGGCCACACUGCAACAGAAGGCAUCGACUUCUGGAGUUAUACUGUCCAUCCGAGAAUUAGAGCACAGCUAUUUUGAACUGGAGAGCAGUGGCCUACGGGAUGAGAUUAGAUAUCACUACAGGUUUAACGGGAAGUCAAGAACAGAGGUGUUCCCCUACCGUCUGGCAGAUGGACAGUGGCAUAAGAUUGCCGUGUCACUUAGCGCAUCCCACCUUCUGCUCCACGUGGACUGCAACAGGAUUUAUGAACGCAUCAUUGAUCCCCCAGAAACUAAUUUGACACCUGAAAGCAAUUUAUGGCUGGGACAGAGAAACAGGAAACAUGGCUUCUUUAAGGGUGUUAUUCAAGAUGUGAAAGUCAUCUUUAUACCUAAUGGAUAUAUAACGCAGUGUCCUAAUCUGAAUCGCACAUGCCCAACCUGCAGUGAUUUCUUAAGUCUGGUGCAAGGAAUCAUGGAUUUGCAAGAACUCCUGGCAAAAAUGACUGCAAAAUUAAAUUAUGCAGAAACAAGACUGAGUCAGUUGGAAGACUGUCAUUGUGAGAAGACUUGUCAAGUAAAUGGAUUGAUCUAUAGAGACAAAGACUCAUGGGUUGAAGAUGAUCACUGCAGGAAUUGCACAUGCAAAAGUGGAGUUGUGGAGUGCCGAAGGAUGUCUUGUCCCCCUCUCGAUUGUCCUCCUGAUGCUCUCCCAGUGCAUGUGGAAAGCCAGUGCUGCAAAAUAUGCAAGGCAAAGUGUAUCUAUGGAGGCAAAGUGCUAGCAGAAGGUCAACGAGUAUUAUCCAAGAGCUGCAGGGAAUGUCGAAACGGAGUUUUAGUUAAAGUGACAGAGGCUUGUCCACCAUUGAACUGCUCAGAAAAAGAUCACGUUCUUCCAGAGAACCAAUGUUGCAGUGUUUGUAGAGGCCAUAACUUCUGUGCAGAGGGACACAGAUGUGGUGAAAAUUCAGAGUGCAAAAACUGGAACACAAAAGCUACUUGCGAAUGCAAGAAUGGUUAUCUCUCUGUCCAAGGGGACUCUGCGUAUUGUGAAGAUAUUGAUGAGUGCGCUGCCAAGAUGCAUUAUUGUCAUGCCAAUACUGUAUGCGUUAACUUGCCUGGAUCCUAUCGUUGUGACUGUGUCAUGGGAUACGUCCGUGUGGAUGAUUUCUCCUGUACAGAGCAUGAUGAGUGUGGCAGCGGACAGCAUAACUGUGAUGAGAAUGCAAUCUGUACUAACACUGUCAGGGGACAUAGCUGCACCUGCAAACCUGGAUAUGUGGGGAACGGGACCAUCUGCCGAGCAUUCUGUGAAGAAGGGUGCAGAUACGGUGGAACUUGUGUAGCCCCUAACAAAUGUGUCUGCCCUUCUGGAUUCACAGGAAGUCAGUGUGAGAAAGAUAUUGAUGAGUGUGCAGAGGGGAUCAUUGAGUGUCACAACCAUUCACGCUGUGUUAACCUCCCAGGGUGGUACCACUGUGAGUGCAGAAGCGGUUUCCAUGACAAUGGAAGCUAUUCUCUUUCCGGGGAGUCCUGUGUUGAUAUCGAUGAGUGUGCCUUAAAGACCCACACCUGUUGGAACGAUUCAGCCUGUGUGAACCUGGCAGGAGGGUUUGAUUGCCUUUGUCCAUCCGGACCAUCUUGCACCGGAGACUGUCCCCAUGAAGGCGGCUUGAAGCGGAACGGGCAGGUGUGGACCCUGAGGGAGGACAGAUGCUCCGUUUGUUCCUGCAAGGACGGGAGGAUUUUCUGCCGGAGGACAGCCUGCGACUGCAAGAACCCCAGCGCUGAUCUCUUCUGCUGCCCGGAGUGUGACACCCGUGUCACCAGCCAGUGCCUCGACCAAACUGGGCACAAGCUCUACCGCAGUGGGGACAACUGGACCUACAGCUGUCAGCAGUGCCGUUGCCUGGAAGGAGAGGUGGAUUGCUGGCCUCUUCUGUGCCCAAAUCUAAACUGCGAGUACACAGCCAUCUCAGACGGAGAGUGCUGUCCGCACUGUGUCAAUGACCCCUGUCUGGCUGACAACAUCACCUACGACAUCAGGAAAACCUGUCUAGAUGGCUAUGGAAUCACAAGACUUAGUGGCGCUGUGUGGACAAUGGUGGGAUCUCCUUGUACAACCUGCAAAUGCAAGAAUGGGAACGUCUGCUGCUCGGUGGAUUUAGAGUGUCUCAACAAUAACUGACAUAGUCAGACUGGACUGUGCCGAGGGAGGAAAACUGAUGAAGUUAACACCUGAAAUGAAGUCGUAUGCAUUGGCGUUUUAUACAACAGACAAUUACCAAAGUCUCCGCAUGAGGAAGAUGUUUGGGAGUUGCCUUUGGGACCUAUCACUAUGCUCAUCCUUGCUAGCCUUGUCUGGGUGACUUACAGUACAGCGCAUAUAAGUCAAUGGUUGUUAAAAGUUUUCAGUGUUGUAAAUUACACACUUUUCCUGUCAAGACAUUUGCAAAUACGUUUAAAUUAUUUCAUGGGUAAACUAAUGCUGUAUUUUUGUUUUAAUUUGUGUAUUGACGACAUGAUAGAAUUCAGCUCUUCUUACUUUGAAUCUAGAUUUUACAGAUAAGACAGCCUGUUGUGAUUUUGUCCCAUGAUAUCACAUACUUAGUUCCAAGGUCCCUGUCAGAUGUAUUUAUGAAAAUAUGUAUGUAUGUACAGUCAAAUUGCAUAGUACUUAUAUUUCACAGC